AUGAAGACUUUCGGGACUUCGGAGUCCAAACGCUUGCGAUUUGUGGUCAAGAACCAGUUCGAGGACGCCAGCGACGAUGAUGACGACGACAGGACAACGACCGCCGCUGCCGCUGCCAGCACCACCGGGGAGGGGCCGAGCACUACGCAGGCGCCGGCCAAGGGCAAGAGCAACAACAGGAGCAAGGGCAACAAGAACAGCGGUGCCGACAGGGCGGCAGCGUCGCUGUUCUUCAGCGACAGCACCGCUCCUCGCCACAGCGGCGAACGCUUGUCGGCGGCGGACGGGUUGGACUCCGCUGAGUGGGAAGAGGCGGCUUGGUCUGGAAGCGAUGGCGGCGACGAAUUGGACCAGCUGGAGACUACGUUGCUUGGGGAGGCGGGCGGCGCGGGAGCCGCAGGCAGUGGGGGUGGAGAAGCUCUGAGAAGCAGGUUCGAAAGCAAACUUAAUAUCGCCUCCCGCGAUGGGGGAGGAGGAGGGGGGGGAGGGGGUCCUCAGUCCCAGUCUGUCCGUAACGACAUCAAGAGGAGCGAGAAGUCGGGGGAGAAGACUUCGCGGCAUACGGGGAGGGACGACCGCGCCACUGUCGAGCAGGUUAUGGACCCGCGUACCCGGAUGAUCCUCUUCAAGCUGCUGAACCAGGGGUUCUUCAGGCAGAUCGACGGCUGUCUUAGCACGGGAAAGGAGGCAAACGUCUACUACGCAGUCGGCGGAGAGGGCAAGGAGUACGCGAUCAAGGUGUACAAGACGUCCAUCUUGGUGUUCAAGGACAGGGACAAGUACGUUUCCGGGGAGUACCGCUACAGGCACGGUUACUGCCGCUCCAACCCGCGGAAGAUGGUAAAGGUGUGGGCAGAGAAGGAGAUGAGAAACCUCAAGAGACUGGUCGCUGCGGGCAUCCCUUCCCCCGCACCGGUGCUGAUCAAGAACAACGUCCUGGUGAUGGACUUCCUGGGGAAGGCAGGCUGGCCGGCGCCGCGAUUGAGGGAUGUUCAGCUUGGACCCAAGAAGAUGAAGGACGCGUACAUCCAGUGUGUGAUCGGCAUGCGCAACAUGUACCAGAAGUGCAGGCUGGUGCACGGGGACCUGAGCGAGUACAACCUCCUCUACAUGGAGGGCCUGCUGAUCUUCAUCGACGUCUCGCAGUCGAUGGAGAACGACCACCCCCGGGCCAUGGACUUCCUCCGCAUGGACUGCCGGAACGUGACCGCGUUUUUCAAGAAGAAGGGGGCACAGCCGGCCGCGGCUCGAUCCCUCUUCGACUUCGUCAUCGACUCCGACCUGCAGGAGGACCGGCAGGAAGAACGACUCAAGGAAGUGCUGGAGAAGGAGUUCGACGAAGCAGAGGCGUUUGAAGACGAGAGCAAAAACGGGGGUGUCAAGAGCGAGAAAGGCGCGGAGAUGGCGGCCGAGCUAGAAAUCCAGGACGCCGUGUUCAUGAGCUCAUACAUCCCCAGGAGCCUGCACGAGGUGGACAACGUUGAGGAUCGACAGAGCCGAAUACAGCAGGAGCAGCGAGAGGGGGGCAAGGGAACAGCCUACGCCAUCGCGGUCACCCACAUGCUCAAGCAAGACCCCAAGAAAGACAAACACCCCGCCAUCAACGACUCGACCUCCCCGCCACCAAACUCCGUCGCCGCUCCGGCGGCGGCGGCGGCGGCGGCGGCGGCGGGUAACCCCUCCGGGAGACAUAGCAAACCCUUACCCAAGGCUGGCCGUGCUGCUGAUUCGUUAUCGGGGAGUACUUCCGCCGCCGUUGAUACAGCGGGCAGUGGCGGUGACGGUGGUGCGCCGGUGGCGGGGGGUCAGCAGAGCGGACUUGUGUCUGAGGGCGGGGGUGGUGGUGGUAAGGCGGGGGUGCGGUUCGCGGGCGUGGGAGAGGAGGACAGGGGACGAAACGGCGGUGCCACUGGUGCUCCCGCCGUAGUGGUGGUCGAAGAGGAGAGCGUUAGCGUUAGCGUUGUCGCCGGCGGUGGUGGUGCUGGGAGCGACGGGGACAGUGACGGUUACACUAGCAGUGGCGCAGACAUGUCGGGGAGCGACGACUUCGAAGACGAUGACGAGGAGGAGGGAGAGGGAGAGGGGCACACGAGGAGGAACUGGGCGGAGCGGAGAGCGAGGCUCCGGAAGGACGGGAUGCACGGGAGGAGGCUGCCGCCGCCGCAGGCGGAGGAAGAGAGAGCGACGGCCAAGGCUGAGAAGCGCGAGGCGAAAAAGGCGGCGAAAGAGGCGCAGAAGGAGAGAAGAAAGACGAAGAUCAAGAAGCACGUCAAGCAGCAGCGCAUCAAGCACACGUAUCUUACGUAA